UUACUCGUUUUCAUAUGUAAAUUUCAAUCGUUUGUAUUUCAGAUCCGUUUGAGCGAAGAACAUGUCGGUCAACGGCAAUCAACAACGCGGGGAAAAGAGACUUCACACCACCGCCGAUGCAAUGUCUCCAUCCAGCGGACGUAUGUCAUCAUUGCGUAACAGCGGCGCCUGCUUGAGGUGGAGGGGGCGCGCUCUGAUUGGUGGGAAUCCCCCCUGCCUCCGCCUUCUCCUGUUGUGCUUGACAUAUUAUUGAUUAUGAGGGCUGCCUGAUUGCAUCUGCCUUUCCAGCAUACUCGGACCACACGGUGCACACAAGACAAGAGGAAGGCAUCAGCCCACCAUGACAAUCAGAAACACUAUCAAGGAUCAUGGGCAGAGGUACCGACCGCGGAUGGCGUGCCUCAAAAAGGCAGAGGCAGUGCUACUGGAGAUGCAGGACCUGAAAACGGGGGUUAAGUCACAGCCUCAGAGACUGGUCAUCACAACUAUACCCCAUGCUAUUACAGGGGAAGAUAUAGUCGCAUGGUUGGCGGAGAGAUUCAAAAUCAACUCCCAAGAGGCGAGGGGUUUGGGGUCCAUGCUGGUAGCAAUUGGAUACAUCUACCCUCUGCAAGACCACAAACGUUUAAUCAUCAAACCAGAUGCUUCGCUCUAUCGCUUCCAAACACCAUAUUUCUGGCCUGCACAGCAGUGGCCUGUUGAAGAUACAGACUACGCAAUCUACCUGGCGAAGAGGAACAUACGCAAGAAAGGAAUUUUGGAUUUGUACGAGCAGGAGCAGUACAACCGUAUUCACAAAUGGAUGAACCAUAAAUGGGAUUUCAUAGUGAUGCAGGCUAAAGAGCAGUACAGAGCAGGCAAGGAGAGGAAGAAGCCAGACCGAGUGGUGUUUGACUGCCAGGAAAGAGCUUAUUGGGUGGUUCACAGACCUCCGCCAGGGACAGUCAGUGCCAUGGACUAUGGACUAUAUCGGCUGGUAGAUCCUAAUGCAAAAGAGACGAAAACGCCCGACUUCUACGAAAGAACUAUGAUCUUUACCCAGCAGUCCAUUAUGAGGCCCAGGGUGAAGUCAUCCGUGUCUGUUGGAGCACUGGUGAAAUACUCUACAACCUAUAAGAAUCAUGAUCCCUUCCUUGCCAAGUGUCUACCCAGCAACCCUUGGGUUACUGAUGAUGCCACCUACUGGACCUUGAACAUGGCUAAGGUGGAGAUACCCACUAAGAUGCGUGUAGAGAGGUGGACGUUCAGCUUUGGCGAGCUCCUCUCAGACCCCCGUGGACGAGAUGACUUCAGGCUCUUCCUCAAGAAAGAGUUUAGCGGUGAGAACCUGGCCUUCUGGGAGAGUUGUGAGGAUCUUAAGUGGGGCACAGCUGCUACUAUGAAAGAAAAAGCUCAGCAAAUCUACAAAACAUUCCUGGCACGUGGUGCUCCCCGAUGGAUCAACAUAGAUGGGAAGACGAUGGAAGUCACAGUGAAGGGUCUUAAACACCCACACAGAUACGUGCUGGACGCAGCGCAGACUCACAUCUACAUGCUCAUGAAGAAGGACUCGUAUGGACGGUACCUCAAAUCGCCAGUGUUCAAGGACACUACGAAGAAGGCCGUGUGUCCCGAGGAGCAAAAGUUCAGCGAAACCCAGCUGGAGCAGAACGCGAGGAGGCGUCAGCCUAGUCCCAGCCCCAUCGCCGUCAGGCAGCAGGAGGAGGAGCAGAGGGCCAAGCUGGCCGUCAGCGGCCCCGUCGACAUCACACAGGUCAUGAGCAAACUCAGCAAGCAAGGGAGGGAGAUGCCCCCGCCGCCUUCUCCUAAGGCCUGAACCCAUUGAGUAGUGUUAAAUGGAGAAGUCAAGUCAAGUGGGUUUUUUGCAAAUAGACGUGAGAGCUAAUUAAUUUUCUAAAGAUGCGUGAGUCGACUAACAAUUUUUUUGUAGUUUUAUCUGAUUUAAUGAUAUACUAAUGUGCUUACAGGUGUUUAUAUAUAUUCAGAGGAUAACAACUCGACGUGUUAAACGGCUUGUUUCCAAAAUUGUGUAAAGACAAAAGCAGACAUGUUAUGUUAGAGCUGGGUUUCAGUCAUUUAGCUUUGGAGGUGAUCUUCUGGAAUACCAAAAAACAAAACAAAAAACAAAAAAACAGAAAUUGGAGACAGCUCAACUUGGAGCUAGCAUGUUAGCAUGUUAGCGUAUUUUGUCGUGAGGUCUGAAAAGACUCCGCUUGUUGUUGACGAGAAAGUGCGGCUGACAGGACUGACGAAGACCUGAGUCGUAGCACCUUUUGUGCACUUUGGAGACAAGAUGUGUCAUACGAAAGGUGCAAUUUUACAUGAGAUAAUUGGUAUCGGUGCUAGUUAAACAUACGUAGAUGAGAGUAGUAAGAGAGCCUUGUGAACAGAUCUGCUGAUCUCUAUGAAAUAGGGAAUGCAUUUUAUGUAUUAAGGUUGUUUGCAGGUGGAACGUAAAAGAAAAACGUAUUAGGAAAAUUUGUAAUCGUACAAAAACACCCAACGGUAUUGUCAUACGUCACCAAUGUUUUAAUUUUCCACAGAUUUGAUCUGUUUUGUACCUGUUAUCUCAAUUGUCUCCAUUGUCUCAUUGUCUGUUAUGUUUUGUAUAUCAAUAUAUGUAAUUUCCAUCUUCACUCAUGUGAUGUAUUCUGUGUUUGCUUUAUCAUAAGCCAAUAAAACACUCACCAACCCUCAC